GAUCGUGUUUGCGGUCGCUGCCCGAGGAGGAAUUCGGAGGAAGCGCGAGGCCCGGCGCUCGCGCCGCGCCCGGGAGCCCAGGAGGCAGGCCGGCGGCGGUGGCGGGAUGAGGCAGGCGACGCGGCGCCUGUGAGCAGCGCGCGGCGGCGGCGGCGGCGGCGGCGGCGGCGGGGACCUCAGCGCGGGCCGGAGCCGAGCGGCCGGGGGCUCCCCUCCCCCGCUGCCGGGCGGUGAUUUGCCGGGCCUGCUGCGCCCCCCGCCCACCCCUCGCUUCAGCCGCCGUCUCGCCGUUUCCCCUCGUCGGAGCGGCCGCUCGUCCGCCCGCCCGCCCGGCUCGAGGCCCGCGGGGAGAGCGGCGCAGUCCGUCGGCCCGCGGGGGGGCGGCCUCCCGGCAUCUUCGCUGCGCCCAAGGACGACCAGGAAGGGGAGCGGCCGGGAUGGCGCGUCCGCGGCCGCGCGAGUACAAGGCGGGCGACCUGGUCUUCGCCAAAAUGAAGGGCUACCCGCACUGGCCGGCCCGGAUUGACGAACUCCCAGAGGGAGCUGUGAAACCUCCAGCAAAUAAGUAUCCUAUCUUCUUUUUUGGCACCCAUGAAACUGCAUUUCUAGGUCCCAAAGACCUUUUCCCUUAUAAGGAAUACAAAGACAAGUUUGGGAAGUCAAACAAACGGAAAGGAUUUAAUGAAGGAUUAUGGGAAAUAGAAAAUAACCCAGGAGUAAAGUUUACUGGAUACCAGGCAAUUCAGCAACAGAGCUCUUCAGAAACUGAAGGAGAAGGCGGAAAUACUGCAGAUGCAAGCAGUGAGGAAGAAGGUGAUAGAGUAGAAGAAGAUGGAAAAGGCAAAAGAAAGAAUGAAAAAGCAGGCUCAAAACGGAAAAAGUCAUAUACUUCAAAGAAAUCCUCUAAACAGUCCCGGAAAUCUCCAGGAGAUGAGGAUGACAAGGACUGCAAAGAAGAGGAAAACAAAAGCAGCUCUGAGGGUGGAGAUGCCGGCAAUGACACAAGAAACACAACUUCAGACUUGCAAAAAACCAGUGAAGGGACCUAACUACCAUAAUGAAUGCUGCAUAUUAAGAAAACCACAAGAAGAUUAUACGUUUGGUUGUCUAAUAUUCUUGGAUUUGAUAUGAACCAACACAUAGUCCUUGUUGUCAUUGACAGAACCCCAGUUUGUAUGUACAUUAUUCACAUUCCUCUCUGUUGUGUUUGGGGGAGAAAAAGACAUUUUAGCCUUUUUUAAGGUUAUUGAUUUAAUUUCAUGUUAUUUGGUUGCAUGAAGUUGCCCUUAACCACUAAGGAUUAUCAAGAUUUUUGCACAAGCUCAUACAUGUCUAGGAUCCUUUAUCAAGGCAGUUAUGUUCAUCACUCUUCUGCCUUUACUUCACCAUCACCAAAUACUCAGUUAAAUAUAAAUUAGCAUUUUAAAAAAUGACCACUCAACAUAAUGCUUAAGGGAUUUCCUCUCUGUGACAGAACCCAGGAACCAGUUCCUAGAUGCAUAAUGUUGGCAUAUUGAAGAUGAACUUAAAAUUGUCCUUCAGUUUUGAGGCCAUGUGUAAAGUUUAAUCAUAUUGUAAAAUAUCUAUUCCGUAUUAGAAAUAGCUAGUUGACAGCUUAUACUUCUCAAAACUCAUGUUGUUAUGUACACAAACUCAGUUUCUAUAUGUGAAGUUAGUGAGUCUUUUUGUGUUACUCCAAAAUAAAGGCAAUGAUUUAUUUUUUCCCAAUGCCAAUACAAUUUGAGCUAAUCACUUAAGCUGGAUACUUUACAUUUCAAUGCUGGAAUCAGCAGUAGCCCUAUGGGAAGUAAGACAAAGCAUUGACUUUUAAAUAUAGACUUUUAAAACAAACUGUUGUUUUCUUUUGGAACUAUAAUUAGAAUAUACUCAUCCACAAACCAUUAUUAUGUGUACAUUACUGUUGCAAUUGUGAUAAUAGAGAAUUUUAUUUAUUUUUAUGCCAGCUUAUAUUGUGAAAACACAUUUAGUCAAUUUGAGUUUUAUCAAUCCUGUUAUGCUUGUCCUUGGAACAUCUUUCGCGUAUUCAAGGUUUGUAGUUGAAAAGUUUACUGUAAAAAAAAAAAAAAUCAAAAACAAAAAAAUGUAUUGUUUUUACAGAAUAAAUUUAUUGGAAUGUGUACUGGGAGUAAGAUUUGAGGUUGUAAACAAUUAAGAUAGUGUAAUUUGGCUUCAUAUAUGUAAUGUGAGGUAUUAAUGUAAUUCAUAUAUUAAAGCAAAGAUUGUUAACAGCAAAUUGACAGUAGACUCAAAUGCAGGUGAGGGUUUUCUUUUUUCUUUCCUUUUUUUUUUUAAAAAAACACUGUGGAUUUUAGGUUUUUUGUAAACACAGGGGGGAAGAAGAAGAAUUGGCUGUGUGAUUGCUUACACAUCUAAUAUACUUACCAGCUCAGUGGACCCUAAAUUCACACACUUGACAUUAUCCAUACAUUGAUUUGGACCCCAUUUUCUUUGAGUGUUCUUAUUUUGGGUGAAGAGCUAGUAAAUAACAUGAAGAAAAAAUGUGAGUAACUCUAAAAGCUGACUGAGGGCCAUAAAUGAUGGUGGCAGUGGUGGUGGUGAUGGUGAUGAUGGCAGCUGAGGGUAUGAGAGCACCAGGCCACUUACCACUCUAGGGCACUGAGGAGGCAGCUAUAUUUUUGGUUUGUUUCUCUCAUUUAUCAGAUAUUAAUUUUCCUCUAUUAUACUCACACUUCCAAAUAUGAAAAGUUCAUUAAGAGAUAGCAAGAAUGCCAGUCUGGUUCUUUUUCCUUAAGAGGUACUUUUUAAUUUUGAAUAUUUUAAAUUAAAAUUAAUGAAAUUUAAUUAAUUAAUCAAACGUCCUCUUCAUUGCUCACAUUAAAACAUAAGGAGAAUGUAGAUGACAUUUUGAAUUGGAACAUAUAACUGAUAGAUUUUUAAAAUAAAAAGCUUAAAGACUACAGAACUUUUUCUGAAAAAAAUAUACAAAAUGUUUCAAAUUUAAUAAGAUUUGUCUUCAUAAAAGGCCAAAAAUAAUUUAUUAAAAAUACACACAAAUACAGUAGAAAUAUUUCCAGUCACCAAUAAAAGGACUAUUCAUUAAGGGUAAUGAUAAAGUUAUAGAUCCCACCUUAGCUCUUUAGACUCACAAAAAAAUUUUAGUAAAAGCAAUUUUUGAAACAACAGUAAAUAGUAUACUUUCUUUGGGAAAACAUUUUUCAAACAACAUUUUAAAAUAUUCUGAUGAUUUGUCUUUUAUAUUGAGGUUGAUAAUGAAGCAUAUAUAUCUUUAUGCAAAAAGUAUUUCUCCAGUAUGUAUUUGCUAUUUUGAAAUUUUUAAUAUACGUAGACCAUAUUCACUUUUGAAUAGUUUCCUUUUCAUGCUCACUAUUGCAGGAGCUAAAUUGUAAUUUUUCACUCGUAUAUUUAAUAUGUGCAAACAGAAUAUUGAGAUAGAUGGUCAAGUUUAUUCACAAAUAACUGAAUAUAUUUCUUUAAAUAGACUUUCUAAACAACUUCAGUUUUCCUUCAAGUAAAGAAAAUUUACCUGCAUCAUACCUAUGAUAGCUCACACAUACAGGGCAGAGCAAGAAUUUAUGUAUCUUUAAAGGUUCCUGUAUAGGAAGAGAGUGGAAUGGGACCAAAUAUCAGGACCAGAAUAACAAAAGUCAGUAAUCUAGAGAAGAAGACCAUAAAAUAAUGUUUUUAUUCAACUUUUUCAUCUGCCUUUGUUUUUAUGAAGAACUCUGGUUUGUAGAUACAGCGAUAGGCCAGGAGCUGAGGAAGAACUCCAUAUGCUAUAUUUAAUGCUAAAAAAAGGAUUUUCGCUUCUUCGGGGACUCUGUAGACAUAAGCAGUUCUAGCAUGAAGAGAAGCACCGAUGUGAGAAAACUGAGCCUGUUGCAUUUAAAAAAAAAAAAAAAGGGUAAGCAUGAAUUUUGUGUUCAGUCGGAUGCACGGUGAGUUCUGAAUGACUCAUUCAGACCAUGUCCCUGUGCCCUCAAAACCAAUACUUUAAAACAAUCCACAGUCUUCAAUAUUUUAUUGAACUUAGUGACAUAACCAUUCAAAUAAAGGAAACUUUCAGCAUGUCUUUAUCAGGCUAGCUGAUUUUAAAGUCCCCCUUACCAAACAUUAGUGGCUUAAUUUAACAGAAAAAUAUGAAUAAAAUCUGUUUUUUUUUUUUUUUUCGGAUUUGCUUUCUGGAUAUACUCUAUUAUAGGGCUUCAGUUUGUGGUUCACAAAAUGUGUCUCAAUAAAAAUGAAGCAAAUACAGAGUUUAGACAGAUAAAAUAUUUUUAUUUUUAGCCUGACUAUUUAAAGAGAAGCACUGAGGACCUCAGCUUCUUUAUCAGUCCUUUGCCUACUCCUUGGAGCAAGAACCCAAAGCCCUUUAUUAUGCAUUUUGUUUGUUUAUUUAUUCAUGUAUUUGUGUUUUAUGCAACUUAAAAAAUGCUAAGGUUUGUUUUAUAUAAGAUAAGGCGGGGGUAGGAAUUGGUUGCUUUUUAUAAAAUGGCAAAUGUACAUGCAGGCAACCUUUUUAAAUCAAAUUAUUAUUUAUUUAGAAGUACGGCUUGUCAACAUAAUCUGAGUUUCCCAAACAGAAAGGCAAGAGCUUCCCAUUUGUACUUAGAUACUUGUUCAGAACAUACAUUCAGAAUGUGGCAGUUGGUCUUUUUUUGCUGCUUUUCAUAAGCACAGGGGAAAACUGUAUUAGAAAAGGCUUUUGUGACAGUAUUUCCUCAGGAUCCUUGUAUUAUUACAAAAUGCAACCCUGGAUUUCAUAUCUUACUGAAAUUCAAGAUAUACAUAAAUAAAGGACUGGGAAUCUAAAUGUAGUUAUGUGGUGACUUAUUAGUUCAUCAGGAUCAAAGUGAAGAGACAGAAAGAUCCUAUAAUCUAAAAAAGGCACAGAAGUAACAAGAAUGAAAAACUAAAUAACUUGCUUUUAAAUACAUAGAAGUUAUCUUACAUUUCCUUCCAUAUGAAAUCAGUUUAUCUUGCUAAGUGGUUAACAGAUAAGUGUUACUUAGCAUUUGACUUUACUGUGGUAAGAAAAGGACACGUUUUCAUAAGCAGUAUGUGUAUGGAUUGUAUCAGUGAAAGACAUUUUAGCAAGUUACAUUUUUACAAAUUACUGAUACUUUCUGGGGAUGUCUGGUAGUUUUGCUGCUCUCUGGAGACAGAAAUUAAAUUAGCAUGGUGCAUUGCCAAGGACCAAUGCCAACGCAGGAAAUGGUCUGCACUGUGAUCCGUGAGGCGCUGAAAGGGCUCUACCCUCAAACACACCUCCCCCAGGGCAGAUGCCCAAACCGAACCCAGCAAAUGUUAAGCAUUUCAUCUCUGGGCUAUGAAGACAAAAGACCUUGAGAGUAAAGGGCUUUUGAGAGAGGCUGCCCUGGGGAGCUGUUCUUAGGGACAUUCUAGGAACACUGAACAGGAACUUGGCCCCCAACACUGUUUUUUCCUAUGGUCUAUUUUGAAUAACAGUAUUUUUCUGAAUAAGUAAUCAAACUGUUUCUUCUGGACUAGAGGCCAGAUCUGAACCCUGAUUUUCAGAAAUGUGCAUUUGGUGUCUCUAUAGACACUUGUACCACAUCUCAAAAAUCACCAAGUUUGGGGAAAUGCAACCGUAGUUUAAGAGAAUGAUGUGAGCAGUCAUGCUUACUUACAUAGGGAAUCUGCUUUAAAAAUCUGAUUUCGUAGGCUCUUUUCCUGCACUAACCAGUGCAGUUAAUACCUCAUUUUCAGAAACGGCAAACUCAUGGCAACAUUUUAAAAAUGAUCAUGUCCUUAUAUUUUAGAUUGUAAGCCCACUGGGCAGGUACUGUGUCUAAUGUUUUGUGUGACACAUAUCGCAUUGUUAGAGCUCAAUAAACGUUCAACAGUAAUGGUCUUGUGACUGUCAAAAUUCAAAAA